CUUUCUUAAUAUUUGCUGAUAAGGCGAUUAAUAUCUCUGCAGCUUCUUUCUUGAUCUGGAGGUUUGCAGGUUUUGGAUAGGGAUAUGGAUUCUUCUUCUUCUUCUUCUCUUCCUUUUCCUGCUCCCCUUCAAGAAAAGUACGAUGUGUUUCUUAGUUUCAGAGGUGAGGACACACGCGAUGUUUUUACCAGCCAUCUUCACGCGGCUUUACGUCGGAAGCAAAUUGAGACCUACAUAGAUAAUAAACUUGAGAAAGGAGACGACAUUGGACCUUCCCUCAAAGAAGCAAUCAAGAAAUCAAAAAUUGCACUAGUCAUUUUCUCAAAAAACUAUGCUUCUUCCACAUUUUGUUUGAAAGAACUUGUGCAUAUACUUGGAUGCAAGAAAAGCAAUGGACAGAUUGUUAUACCCAUUUUUUAUCGCAUAGAUCCAUCACAUGUACGAAAACAGCAAGGAACUUAUGCACUUGAAGAUCGUCCACUUAAGCGCAUUAGGGAUGAGGUGGCCAACUGGAGGGCUGCUUUGGAGGAAGCGGCCAAUAUGUCUGGGUUUCAUUAUUCCAGCACAACAGGGACAGAGGCCGAUUUUGUUGAGAAAGUUGUUCAAGAUGUUUUGACCAAAUUGAAUCGCAAAUCGUCAAGUGAUUUGAAGGGUCUGGUUGGGAUUGAAAAGAAAAUUGAGGAAAUUGAGUUGUUAUUAUGCUUGGAUUCACCAGGUGUUUGCUGUGUAGGUAUUUGGGGCAUGGGUGGUAUUGGCAAGACCACCCUUGCUGAUGCUGUAUUUCACAGGCAGUCCUGUAAAUUUGAAGGAAGUUGCUUUCUUGCAAAUGUCAGGGAGAAAUCAGAAAAAACGGAUGGGCUAAAUGACUUGCGCAAUACACUUGUUCGUGAAUUAUUAAAGGAUAAAGAUGUAAAUAUCAACACUCCGUCUAUACCACCUCAUAUACAAGACAGGCUCAGGCGUACAAAGGCGCUCAUUGUUCUGGAUUAUGUGAAUGCUCGAAAACAACUAGAAGUUCUUGUUGGUGAUGAUGAUCGGUUUUGCCAAGGAAGUCGAAUCAUUAUAACUGCUAGAGAUAAAGGCCUACUUGAGCAAAAAGUUGACCCUGCGAAGAUAUUCAGCGUUGAGGGAUUAGGUGCCGAAGAAGCUCUUCAGCUCUUUCAUUCGCAUGCUUUUGGAAAUAAGUCUCCGACAACAGAAUACACUGAGUUGUCAAGACAGGUGGUGGAUUAUAUUAAGGGCAUUCCAUUAGCUCUUAAAGUUAUGGGGUCCUCAUUCCGUCGUUGCAAGAGCAAACAAGAGUGGGAAGUUCAAUGGAAAAAAGUGAAACGAGUUCCAAUCGGAGAAAUCCAGGAAGUAUUGAGAGUAAGUUACGAUGGAUUAGAUGACAAUGAGAAGGAGAUAUUUCUUGAUAUAGCAUGUUUUCAUAAAGGCCGUAGGAGGAAUGAUGUAGAAAUAAUGUUAGAUGGUUGUGGUUUCUUUGGGGCAGUGGGAAUCAAUGACCUUAUUGAUAUGUCUCUCAUAUCAAUUUCAUAUUCCUGCGAAAAGUGGGAAGAUAAGUUAGAAGCACGGAUAGAGAUGCAUGAUUUGGUGCAAGAAAUGGGUAGAGCAAUUGCUCGAGAACAACACAGUAGGUUGUUCAUUGGAAAGGAUGUCUAUCAAGUAUUGACAAAUAACCAGAAAGAUGGACAUGUUCAAGCAAUAUCCUUUGACUUGUAUGAGAUUAAAAAGCCACACUUGGAAUUGGAACAUGCAAACUUCAAAAAGAUGUAUCAACUGAGAUUCCUACGUGUCUUCAAUCUUGGGGUGCAACUUUGGAAUGAAAACCAGAGUCCAGUGAAUUUAAAACGGAUCAGUCUUCGUUUUUGCAAAUACCUAACUGAAGUCCCAAAUCUCUCUCGGAGUCUAAAUAUUGAGCAUAUAAAUCUGCCAGGCUGUAAAAGCUUGGUUGAAAUCCCUUCGUAUUUUCAACAUCUUGGCAAGCUUACUUAUCUUCACCUUGGGCGGUGCAAAAAAAUAAAAAAUCUUCCUGAGAUGCCAUGCAAUCUUGAAUUCUUAGAUUUGUCUUGGACAGCAAUAGAGGAAUUGCCUUCAUCAAUUUGGUCUCACGAAAAAAUAUCUCACUUAGAUAUUAAAUAUUGUAGAGACCUUAAAAGUCUUCCAAGCAACACUUGUAAGUUGAAACUCUCGGGUUCUCUUAGUCUAAAAGGCUGCAUAUCUCUUUGCGAGUUUUGGGAGCUUCCAAGGGAUACAACAGUGCUAAAGUUGAGAGAUACAACAAUAAAAGAAUUGAGGAAUACAUCAAUAGAGUCUGUUGUUGGUCUCACUGCAAUUAAACUGAUCAAUUGCAAAAGCCUUGUGAGUCUCCCAACGAACAUUUGGACGUUGAAAUCUCUGGAGAGCCUUGAUCUCAGUGGGUGCUCUAACUUUCAACACUUGCCAGAAAUCUCGGAGGCUAUGGAACAUCUGGUGUUUGUAAAUUUAUCAUGUACAGAUGUUAAAGAGCUGCCCCCAUCAAUUGGAAAUCUAGUUGCGCUUCAAAAUUUAGAUCUGGGUAGCACCAAAAUUAAGAGCAUACCUGCAAGCAUCAAACAAGCUACACAGCUGUCUUGCCUGUACCUAAGGAAUUGCAAGAGCCUUGAAUUUUUACCAGAGCUCCCCCCAUUGCUGCAAUGUCUUGAAGCAGAAGGUUGCACGUCACUGAAGACAGUGUCAAGUUCAAGCACUGCAAUCACACAAGGUUGGGAAGAAUAUAUAUUUUCUCGAGGGCUUCAUGAGAAACAUAUAUUUUCUAAUUGCAGAAGGUUGGAUGAGAGUGCACGAAGCAACAUAAUGGGUGAUGCACAGCUCAAAAUUAUGCGAAUGGCAACUGCGUCAUCAAAGUUUAAAGAAGACAGAAGUGAAGAAGCAUCAUAUGAUUCAGAUAAGGAAGACAAAAUUGAAGAAAUAUCAUAUGAUUCAGAUGAGGAAUUUUUUGGCAAGAGAUCUUUGGUUGCCAUUAGAUGUUUGGGCUAUGAAAUUCCAGAAUGGUUCAACCAUAAAAGUGAAGGAUGUUCAAUAAAGAUUGAGCUUCCUCGUAAUUGGUUUAGCACAGAUUUCUUGGGUUUUGCUCUAUCUCUUGUUGUUGCAAACAAGAGAAGCUUGGAUCCAUCUUUUAUUAAGUAUUUCGGGCUUGAAUGCAAGUACAACUUCAAAACUAGUAAUGGUAAAAGCCAUGAAGUCAGCCAUCCUUUGUGUGAUCCGGGAUUGCCAAGGACUAUUAGACGCGCAGAUUCACAUGAGGUGUUUGUGUGGUGGUAUAGUAAUGUCUUUGAAGAAGUUGUGGAGGGGGCUCAAAGCCCCACUGCGUUUUACAAACUUUUUACUGAGGUCAAUGUUGACUUCACCGUAAUGGAUUGUUAUGGCUAUUCGGAGGUUUUGGAUACGGAUAUGAAUUCAUCAUCUUCUUCUUCUCUUCCUUUUCCUGCUCCCCUUGAAGAAAAGUACGAUGUGUUUCUUAGUUUCAGAGGUGAGGACACACGCGAUGCUUUUACCAGCCAUCUUCAUGCGGCUUUACUUCGGAAGCAAAUUGAGACCUACAUAGAUAACAGACUUGAGAAAGGAGACGACAUUGGACCUUCCCUUAAAGAAGCAAUCAAGAAAUCGAAAAUUGCCGUAGUCAUUUUCUCAAAAAACUAUGCUUCUUCCACAUGGUGUUUGAAAGAACUUGUGCAUAUACUAGAAUGCAAGAAAAGCUAUGGACAAAUUGUUAUACCCAUUUUUUAUGGCAUAGAUCCAUCACAUGUACGAAAACAGCAGGGAACUUAUGCACUCGAAGAUCGUCCACUUAAGCGCAGUACGGAUGAGGUGACCAACUGGAGAGCCGCUUUGGAGGAAGCAGCCAAUAUGUCUGGGUUUCCUUAUUCAAGCAAAAAGGGGACGGAGGCCGAUUUUGUUGAGGAAGUUGUCCAACAUGUUUUGACCAAAUUGAAUCGCGAAUCGUCAAGUGAUUUAAGGGGCCUGGUUGGAAUUGAAAGAAAAAUUGAGGAAAUGGAGUCGUUAUUGUGGUUGGAUUCAACAGGUGUUUGCUGUGUAGGUAUUUGGGGCAUGGGUGGUAUUGGCAAGACCACCCUUGCUGAUGCUGUAUUUCACAGGCAGUCUUCUAAAUUUGAUGCUGCUUGUUUUCUUGCAAAUGUUAGGGAGAAAUCAGAACAAACGGAUGGACUAAAACAAUUGCGAAAUACACUUCUUGGUGAAAUAUUAAAGGACUCCUUUAAUAUCAACACUCCAUCUAUACCACUUCAUAUUCAAGAUAGGCUCAGGCGUACAAAGGCGCUCAUUGUUCUUGAUGAUGUGAAUGCUCGAAAACAACUAGAAGAUCUUGUUGGUGAUGAUGAUCGGUUUUGCCAAGGAAGUCGAAUCAUUAUAACUGCUAGAGAUAAAGGCCUACUUGAGCAAAAAGUUGACCAUGAAAAGAUAUACAAUGUUGAGGGAUUAGGUUCUGAUGAAGCUCUUCAGCUCUUUCAUUCCCGUGCUUUCAGAAAUAAGUCUCCAACAACAGAUUAUGUUGGGUUGUCAAAAAAGGUGAUAGUUUAUAGUAAGGGCAAUCCAUUAGCUCUUAAAGUUAUGGGGUCCUUAUUCCAUCGUUGCAGGAGCAAACAAGAGUGGGAAGACCAAUGGAACAAUUUGAAACAUUUUUCAAACGAAGAAAUCGAGGAAGUGUUGAGAAUAAGUUACGAUGGAUUAGGAAAAAAUGAGAAGGAGAUGUUUCUUGAUAUAGCAUGUUUUUAUAAAGGCUAUGAGAGGAAUUAUGUACAAAAAUUAUUAGAUGGUUGUGGUUUCCGUGGGGAAAAGGGAAUCAAUGAUCUUAUUGAUAGGUCUCUCAUAUCAAUUUCAAAAGUACAACGGAGAGAUUUGCAGUCAAGAGGAUUUAUAAAAAUGCAUGAUUUGGUGCAAGAAAUGGGUAGGGCAAUUGCUCGAGAACAACGUAGUAGGCUGUUCAAUGCAGAGGAUGUCUAUCAAGUGUUGACAAAUAACCAAAGAGAUGGACAUGUUCAAGCCAUAUCCUUUGACUUGUCUAAGAUUGAAAAGCUACUCUUGGAGUUGGAACGUGCAAACUUUGAAAAGAUGUAUCAACUGAAAUGCCUACGUGUCAGUUGUGGUCUUCUCAAGUACCAAUUAAUUGUUUCUCUUGAUCUUCCCCAUUCUCUUAGAUAUCUUGCAUGGAACAAAUAUCCUUUGAAAUCUUUGCCAUCAAAAUUUUCUACUCAAAAUCUUGUUGUCCUUGAAAUGCCGUCCAGUGAAGUUGGGUCGCAACUUUGGACUGAAGACCAGAGUCCUGUGAACUUAAAAUGGAUCUGUCUUAGUGAAUGCAAUCAUCUAACUGAAGUCCCAAAUCUCUCUCGGAGUCUAAAAAUUGAGCAUAUAGAUCUGUGGGGCUGUGAAAGUUUGGUUGAAAUUCCUUUGUAUUUUCAACAUCUUGGCAAGCUUACUUAUCUUGACCUUGGGGGCUGCACAAAUCUCAAAAAUCUUCCCGAGAUGCCAUGUAAUCUUGAAGUCUUACUUUUAUCUGACACAGCAAUAGAGGAAUUGCCUUCAUCAGUUUGGUCUCACGAAAAAAUAUCUCACUUAGAUAUUACAUAUUGUAGAGACCUUAGGAGUCUUCCGAGCAACAGUUGUAAGCUGAAACUCUCGGGUUCUCUUAGUCUAAAUGGAUGUGAAUCUCUUUGCGGCUUUUGGGAGCUUCCCACGAAUACAAGGGUGCUAGAUUUGAGUGAGACAUUAUUCUUAUCUUCCAGAAACCUUGUGAGUCUCCCAACGAACAUUUGGAAGUUGAAAUCUCUGGAAAGCCUUGAUCUCAGUUGCUGCUUCAAAUUUCAAAACUUCCCUGAAAUCUUGGAGGCUAUGGAACAUCUGGAGUUUCUAAAUUUAUCAGGUACAUCAGUUAAAGAGCUACCCCCAUCAAUUGGAAAUCUAGUUGCGCUUCGAAAAUUAGAUCUUGGUGAUUGCAAUAACCUUGAGGUUUUCCCUGAUGACCUCUUUUGCUUAACCUCAUUACAAGAGUUAGAUCUGAGUAGCACCAAAAUUAAGAGAAUACCUGCAAGCAUCAAACAAGCUGCACAGCUGUCUUGCCUGUGCCUAAGGGAUUGCAAGAGCCUUGAAUUUUUACCAGAGCUCCCCCCAUUGCUGCAAUGUCUUGAAGCAGAAGGUUGCACGUCACUGAAGACAGUGUCAAGUUCAAGCACUGCAAUCACACAAGGUUGGGAAGAAUAUAUAUUUUCUCGAGGGCUUCGUGAGGAGCAUAUAUUUUCUGAUUGCCCAAAGUUGGAUGAGAAUGCACGAAGCAACAUAAUGGCUGAUGCACAACUCAGAAUUAUGCGAAUGGCAACUUCGUCGUCAAAGUUUAAAGACAAAAUUGAAGAAAAAAUUGAACAAUCAUCAUAUUAUUCAGAUUAUUUCCAUGAUGAAUCAGAGAAGGAAUUUUUUGGCAAGAGAUCUUCGGUUGCCAUUAGAUGUUGGGGAUAUGAAAUUCCAAAAUGGUUCAGCCAUCAAAGUGAGGGAUCUUCAAUAAAGAUUGAGCUUCCUCCUGAUUGGUUUAGCACAGAUUUCUUUGGUUUUGCUCUAUCUUUUGUUGUUGGCUGUGCUGCACAGAAGAUUGGAUGCAAGUACAACUUCAAAACUAGUAAUGGUGAAAACCAUGAAGUCAACCAUCCUUUGUUUUAUGAUUCACAAAUAAAUGAACUAACCUUUGUUUAUGAAGAUUCACAUGAGGUGUUUGUGUGGUGGUAUAAUAAUGUCUUUGAAGAAGUUGCAGAGGAAGCUCGAAGCCCCACUGUGUUUUACAACCAUUUUACUGAGGUCAAUGUUGACUUCAACCUACUGAAUUAUCACCGCGAACCCCUUCCGGUGGGGGACGAGGUGGGGGUGGAAAAGUGUGGGAUAUGUCUGUUGUAUGGCAAAGAUGCUGAGAUGAUAAAGCAGAGGGCUUUGUAUGCCCAAGAUGACGAAAUUCAAAAUUUCUUUUGAUUUGAGCUGUUUGCUUUGCAAGCCUUGUGGCUGAGGAUGCUUUUGAUUUUGAGUUUGUUACGGUUAGAUAUGUCUUUCUUGUUUUAACGCCCCAUGUAAGCCGUGUAAUUUCCUUCAUUGAUUUCAAGUUUUCAAUUGUUAAAAA